AUGUCAGUGAUUUCGGGUAAAUUACCAGAAUCAACGCCGACACUUUUGUCGAUCUCUUUAACAGACAAAGUCAUCAGCAGAAGCUUAAAGUCCUGCGUAACCAAGGCAUCUACUGUAGACUUGUCUACAAAGGAAUACUUUGUCCGAUAUGCUCUAUAUGCAAUUGGCCUGCUGGAGUCUCGUCUUGACGCUGCUGAUAACUCAUGGUUUCCUCUCUUGAGCAAAUAUAACCAGAAGUUAGACAAGAGGGGGGAAGUACACAACCAGCUGCGUCAAACAUGCCGCCAGGCUACUGAUACUCUACAUAAGGCCCGUGAGGCAAAGGAUGCCAAGUUUGGAGAUAACGUGUCAAAGCUGCUAAUAAAGCUUUGGAACGAGGUUGAACCGACCUUUAAUGACGAAGCAGCUCUUCUCAACAGCAUUGGACCCAAGGUUUUACAGGAGGACCUUAGCAUAAUUGAAGAGGAGGAUAAAAUACGCCGUCUGGCAAUGAUGAAAAAGGACGGACAUCUGUGGUGUGCAACGUAUCUUAUGCGAUGCCUGACUGUGGAAGAGCGGCAGCAAUUCCCCCCCGGUGUACCCAGUAUAGCCAAGUCAGCGAUGCUGGUAGCAGGCAAUUGGAAGUUCAGCAGAGAAUUCCAGUUUGCACCAAGCUUUACGACGCCUGCAGAGAAUAAUAUCUAG